AGGAUUAUUAUUAUUAAGCAGGAGGGCUGUGGGAUUGCUGUGGUCAGAGCUGCAGGAAAGAAGACGAUGAUGGGAGUCAAGGAGUAUGACUUCCUUAGUGUCAACAUUUAAUUGUAAGAGAUUUGCGCCCAUCCAGGCCCUGAUGUCUGCCAGACAAGCCAACAGAAUAUUAGUGAACCUGGAGUUGCAGUUGGAGGAGAAGUAGAUUUGUGUGUGAUCUGGAUAUACGCGGAAGUUGAUGAUGUGUCUGCAGAUGAAAUCAGCGAGAGGGAGCAUAUAUACAUGAGGAAGAGGAGGGGGCCAAGGAUAGAGCCCUGGGGUAUGCCACAAAUGAAUGGGCAGAAACUGUUGACUGGAAAAACAGGCAUCAUCAGUAAAGAUGAAGAGCCAGCGGAUGGUUUGCUAAUGAGGAAAGCAGGGACACACAUUGAGUUUUUACCUUUCGCAUGGAAACAUAGAAGAGGAGAAGCCCAGCCAGGCCAUCCAGUCCUUGUCAUGUGCAAGGUAGUCCCAAACUGAACAAUAAAUUCAGAGAUGGAGAGUUCAAUUGAAGAACGUCGCCCUGUCCUAUUUUCCAAUUCUGUUGAACUCAGACUUGAUCAGCUACUAACAGACCUGGGGCUACGGGACUUUUAUCCCAACAAACUCUCCCUCAACAAUGUCUUGGAGCUCGGGAAGGAGCCGUUUAUGGAGAAUCGACCAAUCGCUCCUCAGGAGAUUCCCAGAUAUUUCCUAAGGAUGGUGAUGAAGGCUGAUACCAACGCUAGGGCCCUACCAAUUGGGACAAUCCUGGACUGUGCACAAGAGGACAGAAAGGCCACUGAUGGAUUGAAUUCUCCUCCAGGCAGUCUGAUGUCCCAAGAGAUAGCAUUUCACCCUUUAGAUGUCAUCACCGCUGUCUUCCUUUGUGCAGAUCCCUCACUCCAACGAGAGCUGUUGAGUAAGAUGUCGAUGAGCCACUUUGCAUUACCACUUCUCCUGCCAGGUCUCGGAGAGUCCCCAAUGUUUCUUCUGGGGCCCCUAUGUUCCAUUGUGACAAAGUACCACCCUCAGGCAAUGAAGCUUGGACCUCGAGAGCAACACAUAACUAAUGCAAAGCUUCCAACCAUUGCUUUCCUUCGCCUGGGUCGCUGCUCCAUGUCUAAAUCCAAACUCUUAAAUGACAUUCUCAGUCAGUCUGAGCAACACCACAAUUUCUUCAUCCAUUCCAACAUGGAAUGUGCUGAUGUCCCCCGCAGGAUCUCAGAUGGGCUGAUUGAGGUGUGCUGGUACCUGCCCGGAGUGACGGAGGAGCUGAAAAGCUUCCCCAAAGCUCUGGCUGUGAUGAACCUGCAUGGAGAUGCUAAACAGUUUCCCAAGCAUGUGAGCUAUUUGACUAGAAUCUCGGCUGUUGUGGUUGUCUGUGUGGAUAAUGUGGACAAUAAAGUACAAGGAAUUCUGACUUCACUCAUCCAAUCUCCAGAGAAGCUCGUCAUGUUAAUCAAUCCCAACUCCAGCCACGUUGAAGUCACACAACUGAAUCUUAAGAAGUUGUUCAAACAUAACUUCUUAUCCGAGAAGCAGAUUGUAUCCAAAUCCCAAAAGACCAGUGGAAUAUUCAUACAAGAGCUUCGAUCUAAACUCGAGGGCUUGCUGGGAAAGAAUGAUUAUCCAGAGAAGAGCUUAGAGGAGAUGGCCGAGGUGGCUAGAGACAUAGGAUUUGCAGUUAGUGAACACACAAGGGAGCUUUCUGAAGGUGAAAGACCACUCAAUGAUAAAGGUAAUGCAUUGCCAACUGAAAGUCUGGGAGAAUGUCCUAAUCAAACAAUAACAAUACAUUCUCUCAAAAAAUGUUUGGAAAGCAGAUUUGAAAUUGGUAUGAAACAUGUUGAAGAACAAUCUAUACAGAAUUAUUUUUAUAAUGAGAAGCCUUCCUUCUCAUGUGUGCCAGACACAGAAACCAAUGUGUCAUGUAAAGACAGUGUAUAUAAUCAAUUACUAACAGACCUGGGAUUGCAGGAAUACUUUCCCCAGAAGCUAACUGUGAACAAAGUGUUGGAGGUCAGAGCAGAGCCACUACCAGAUAGGUUACCCAGAGCUCACAAGGAUAUUCCCUGGUAUUUCUUCAGGAAGCUAAUAACUGCAAAUUCCACUGCCAGAUGCAUAAAAUUAACUGGAUCACCAGAAGAAAGAAGUGAAGGUGAUGAAGUUGACAACCUUUUUGAUGAGCCAAUGGAAACUUUGGAUUUUAAUCCAUUAGAUGUCAUCACUGCAAUAUUCCUGUGUGCAGAUCCCUUCCUCAAACAGGAGCUGGUCAUGAAGAUGUCCACAUGUCAGUUUGCAGUACCUCUUCUGCUGCCUGGGACAGAGGGAAAAAUCCUGUUUCUCCUGAAUUCUAUGCGUUCCCUUGUAAAAAAAUGGUGUCCUUCUCAGUUAGCAAAGCAAAACAGAUUCAAAGAAGCACAAAUGAUGUCUUUCAAUCUUCCAUCCAUUGCAUUCAUUCGCCUGGGUCGCUGCUCCAUGUCUAAAUCGAAAUACUUAAAUGACAUUCUCAGCCCCUCUCAGCAACACAACGAUUUCUUUAUUCAUUGCAACAUGGAAUGUGCCAAUGUCCCCCGGAAGGUCUCAGAUGGGCUGAUUGAGGUGUGCUGGUACCUGCCUGGAGUAAUAGAGGAGAUGAAAAUCUUCCCCAAAGCUCUUACUGUGAUGAACCUUCGAGGCGAUGCAGCACAGUUUACCAGUCAAGUGAAAUUCUUAACUAGAGUCUCGACUGCUGUAUUUAUCUGUGUGGACAAUAUCACAGAGAAGGAAGUACAUGCCUUGUCCAAAUUGUCCUUUGAACAACAGAAACUAUAUCUGAUUGUGAAUCCUGAGAAAGAUCAAGUGGAGACCACAAAACAGCAUUUGAGGAGAUUGUCUCAAGAAAAGAGAAUCACAAUGAACCAUGUUCUGUUACGGAGGCAGGGAAAUGAUGCUACCUUUGUGCAAAAUGUUCAGAAGAAAAUAAAUACUAUACUGGACAACAUCAAUGGACAGUCAGAUAUAAAGAGUUUAGCUGAGAUGGCUUCCUGUGCUUGGCAGGUUGGGUUGGAAAUAGAUGAAGAUGACAAUGAAUGUAAAGAAGGGAAAACAAGUUCAGGAACUGUCCUUCGUUUCUUUCCAACAGAAGACAUUGCAGAGUUCAAACAAAGCAAGUUGUAUUUUCAGGGAAAGGAUUGGAUGCAAAUAUCCAAAAUAGAAGAGGAGAUUUGUUGCCUCAGAAACGUGGGACAACAGAGUGUGGCCACAUACAUUGAUAAACAGAAGAAACAAAUUCGAGAAAUUCGGAAGGAAUUGUUUCAGAAAGGGGUGUCAGAUGUGGUGGAGAAAAUGAUUCAAAAACUUGCUACAAACUCUGGAAAUGAGAGGAAACAUUUCCUGUACUUGAUGAAAUAUGAGUUGGAUUCUAUGUCAUGGCAAAAUCUCACGAAAAAGCAACAGUGUGAAAGUUCAGAGGAUCAAAAAGCUCCUCAAGAUCUUGAUGUACAGCGCUCAUUAGGGCUGGAACAUUUCCUACGUGAAAUCGGGCUUGUUUAUGAAACAUUCAUGGCGUUGAAUGAAAACUCCUCCAAUAUCACAAAGCUUCCAGUGAUUGCUGCUGAGCUGCUGUUAGAUGGCUUCCCACUGGAGCUCAUAGAUGGAGAUGUUUGUGGUGUAGCUGUGGACUGGGUCACUGAGGUGCUCAAACAAGUGGAAAAGACGAAGGGAGGAGAAUGUCGGGUCUUUGUGCUGACAGUGUUGGGAGUACAGAGCACUGGGAAGUCCACACUUCUCAACACCAUGUUUGGGUUGCAGUUUGCUGUAGGCAGUGGACGGUGCACACGAGGAGCCUUCAUCCAACUCAUUCCAAUUGUGGGAGAUUUGAAGACCAAACUUGGCUGUGAUUUCAUCCUGGUCAUUGACACAGAGGGCCUGAAACAACAAGUGUCUGAUAUUGGAGGUACCCAUGAACACGACAAUGAGCUGGCAACCUUAGUGAUUGGAAUGAGUGAUUUAACUUUAAUUAACAUGUCCAUGGAGAGCCCCUCGGAAAUGGAGGAUGUGCUGCAAAUAGUUGUCCACGCAUUUAUCCGCAUGUCAGAAGUGGGCAAGAAACCCAUUUGCCAAUUUGUCCAUCAGAACACUGGGGACGUUUCUGCACAUGAACAGAACUUGGGAAAUCGGAAACGUUUGAAUGACCGCUUAGACAAGAUGACCUCGAUUGCAGCUAAGAUUGAGAAAGUAGAAGGUUCUAUCUCUAAAUUUUCUAAUGUUAUAGACUACAAUCCUGAUAAAGAUAACUGGUAUAUCCCAGGGCUGUGGCAUGGGAACCCCCCAAUGGCUGCAGUCAAUAUCGGGUAUAGCCAGAAGUUGGUGGAGUUGAAACAAUGUGUUUUGGAAAAGUUCACACAGAGAAACGCGUCCACAGUCACUCAGUUUAUAAGAAACUUCACAAACCUGUGGAAUGCAGUGAAGCACGAAAAUUUCAUCUUCAGUUUCCGGAAUUGUCUUGAAGUUGAUGCUUACAAUGACCUUUCUGUCAAGUACAGUGAUCUGGAAUGGGAACUACGCAAAAAGGUCUAUGACUUCGUGGACAAGGCUCAGGAGAGAAUCAAAACCGAAGAGAAGAAUCCUGAGAAUUUGUUGGCCGUGUUAAGGAAUGAGCUGCUGGAAGUGAUGGAAACAACGAAAGCCAAAGUUAUCGAAACAUUGGAACAUUGGUUCAGCGCACAGAAUAAGAAAGCCCAUCUGAUUCAGGAUUACAAAGACCAGUUUAAGAUGAACAUUGACAUCUUGUGUAAAAAGCUUAAUGAGGAUUCACAAGAACAAAUGAAGAACUCUAUGCAGCGACAAGAAGGUAGGAAGAAACUGCAAGCUAUCAAGAAUCAAUAUAACAAAGUGAUUGAAGACAAAGUCACUCAGCUCGUCCAGUCUUUGAAACAGAAAACAAAAGACCAGGAUGAAAAUGAGCAGCACCAGGCUUUUGAAACCAUGUGGGCUGAGGCCACUUCUCCACUAAAGGUCUACGAGCCAAAGGUAGCCAACAUUCCCUUGGACAUGGAAAUAAGUUUGAAGGAGAAUGUGAACACACAUAGAGGCAGCUUAUACAAGAACCUCAAAGACAAAUCUCUUGACGAGUGGGGCAAGUUGGAGUUCAAAGUCAAUGAGGAGCAUAUUGCUGUGAGAUCCCUGACUAACCGUGCAUGGAGAUACAUGUCUAAUAUUCUCUAUGAGUCCAAGCAGGAAACAGAAUUCCUGAAUUGCUGUGUGAAAGAAGCACAAGAACAGGCAGAAAUAUUGAUCUUGAAAAGCAAAGAAGAAAUGGAGAAGACAAUACAACAAGAUAUGAAUUACGAUCCCAAAUAUUGCAAAACAAUUCUCCGAAAUUUGGACAUAAUUUUAGACUGUGACUUUCCAAGAUUCAGCUUCACUGAAACGUUCAGGACAUCUUUUAAAUUGCACAUUUGUGGCAUUGGAGUUCAGAGAUUCCAACAGAUACACAAUUCUUUCCGACAGAAAAAUGAUCCCCUGCAAAGUUUUGAAGCCGAUAAGAAAUUCUACAAACAGAUCUUUGUAAAUCUGUACAAUCAGAAAGAUCAAAGUCAAUCCUGUGCUGAAUUAUACCUUAAUUCUUACAUCAAACCAGCAAUGAUUGCCGAUCUUAAUCAGAAAUUGGGACGGGCCAUUGUGGAUUAUAUUAAGAGCACGCAAAACGCAGAAGAAUUCAAGUCACGCAGGAACCUACAAGUGGGGAUAAUGUUGGAUUUGAAAAAGAAAAACUGCUUUGAAGACUAUUAUCAAUAUAUCAAAAAUACCCACAAGUUUGAGAAGGAUUGGGUGGAAGAGCAAGUCCUGAGGUACUGUGAAAACUCAGAGCAGGAAGCAACGCUCCUUCACAAUCUGGCUAUGGGUAUUCUGGAACCAGCUGUACAUUCAAUACAGAAAGCAAUCCGAGACAUUGAUACCCACAAAGAAUUGACAGCCUGGACCUUUCUGACUGAGUUCAGGAAAGCAAUGGAAGGAAUAAUUGUGUUACCUCAGGACAAGUUCACCAAUCAGGACAUUGUGAGAAACGCUCCAUGUUUUGUGGAUGAAUUGAAAGAUUUGGCCAAUGGUUUGAAAAAUGAUCUUUCAAAUACCAUUAAGGGAUGGAAUGUCAGAUCCAAAGUCUCAGAGCUUCCUGUAGCUCCAUGGAAGUUGCUGUAUGACAUGCUGUCUGGCUGUGGGGAGCAAUGUCCUUACUGUGGAGUUUUAUGUGAUUGCACCGACCACAAUCAUGAGAAGCACUCGGCAAAUUAUCACUUGCCAGAGGGACUACGUGGCUAUCGCUGGAGCUUUUGGAAGACUCUUGUAACCAACAGUUGUUCAGAUACAUCCUAUAUUGCAUUGCGUUUGUACAGAGAAGAAGAUCCCUGGUUGAAAUCACAGUUAUCUAUCAGCCACACAUGGGUCAUCCCCAAAAGCAGGGAUACUGGGGUGCCCCCCUACUGGAAACGGGUCUUCUACACCCAUAACAAAAGUUUUGCAAAGAAAUAUGGAGUGAACCCAGCGACACGCAUUGAUGACUGGAACGUACCGUGGAGUGAAAUCAAAAAAGACAUUGAGGAAAAGUACAACGUGAGAAUCGAUGAUUUUCCAGCAUCACUUCAACCUCUGUAAGGUAUUGGUCCCUGAGAGGGUCAGGACCAGUGGA